AUGCUCCGGCGCCGCACGGGCAAGGACAAGGUCCCGCCCUACGACGAACUGAUCAGUAAAGCUGGAUCUAAGCGUGAGGAAGAGAAGCUCCGCGCGGAGUUCGGGGAUGCGAAGGUCAAGCAGCUGGUGUUGAAGCCUAGGAGUAAACGUCGCAAUGGCUUUAUCUUCUUGCUGGGCGGCAUCUUCGGUAUCUUCAUUGCCUUGUUCUUCGCCAACCAACAUGAGGUCAUUCGCUUGGAUUCGCUCAUGGACCUCAAUCUGGACUCUUUGAUGGAUGCCAUUCCCCAAGGAAUCCUGCGCGACGUGAAGGAGUUCUCGCAACAAGAGCGCGAUACCGUCAGCUAUGAUUCUUUCGCUGUUGGGCUGCACCUUCAAAGCCAGGGUGUCAGCGCCAAACACCCUGUCGUUAUGAUUCCCGGAGUCAUCUCAACCGGUUUAGAAAGCUGGGGCACAGGAGAGAGCUCACGACAGUACUUUCGCUCGAGGCUGUGGGGAAGUUGGACCAUGAUGAGGGCCCUUGUCAUGGACAAGGCAGAGUGGAAGAAUCAUGUCAUGCUCGACCGGGAUACAGGUCUCGACCCGCCGGGCAUCAAGCUCCGCGCGGCGCAGGGGUUCGACGCAACUGAUUUCUUCAUCACGGGAUAUUGGAUUUGGAACAAGAUUCUCGAGAACUUGGCCAGUAUUGGAUAUGACCCUACGAAUGCCUUCACAGCUGCGUACGAUUGGCGACUCUCGUAUCUCAAUCUCGAAGUCCGCGAUAAGUAUUUCACGCGACUCAAGUCCUACAUCGAAACUGCGGUCCAGGUCCAGGGCGAAAAGAUCACACUGGCCUCGCACAGUAUGGGGUCCCAGGUGGUUCUUUACUUCUUCAAAUGGGUGGAGAGCGAAGAGUACGGCAAUGGAGGCAAGGAUUGGGUCAACAAGCAUAUCGACUCCUGGGUCAAUAUCAGUGGCUGCAUGUUGGGUGCCGUCAAGGGAUUGACGGCUGUUCUGUCUGGCGAAAUGCGGGAUACGGCUCAACUGAACGCAUUUGCCGUAUACGGUCUAGAGAAGUUCCUAUCGAAAGAGGAGCGAGCAGAGAUCUUCCGCGCCAUGCCCGGUAUCUCAAGCAUGCUCCCUAAGGGCGGCGAGGCUGUGUGGGGAAACUCCACCUGGGCCCCAGAUGACCAGCCCGGUCAACCUCUGACAUUUGGCAACCUACUCAACUUCCACGAGACCAACUCAUCGUGGACCCGACGCAACCUUACGAUCACUGAAAGUUUACAGUAUCUCCUAGACCAAAGCGAGGAUUGGUACAAGAACCAAGUCUUGAACAGCUACUCCCAUGGAGUAGCGCAUACGAAACGCGAAGUCGAAGCCAAUGAGAAGGACCCGCGUAAAUGGCUGAACCCUCUCGAGGCACGCUUGCCCCUUGCUCCAGAUAUGAAGAUCUAUUGCUUCUACGGCGUGGGCAAGCCCACAGAGCGCAGCUACUUCUACCAGGAAGAGACAGACCCCCUGGUCAACCUCAAUGUCAGUAUGGACACCACCAUCACCAACAGUGAGGGUGUUGAUCAUGGUGUCAUGAUGGGCGAGGGUGACGGCACCGUCAACCUGCUCAGCACGGGUUAUAUGUGUGCCAAGGGCUGGCGCAUGAAGCGCUACAACCCUGCUGGCACGAAGAUCAAGGUGUUUGAGAUGCCUCAUGAACCAGAUCGCUUCUCUCCUCGGGGUGGUCCGAACACCGGUGACCAUGUCGAUAUUCUCGGCCGUGCAUCCCUCAAUGACCUGCUCCUCCGCGUUGCUGGUGGCAAGGGCGAUCAGAUUGAGGAGACCUUUUAUUCCAAGAUCCGCGAGUAUGCGGAUCGUGUACAGAUUUUUGAUGACUAG